GACAUUAUCGGAAAUGUAAAUGUUUAUGGAAGAUCGCGCGGAAAAUGUGUACUAAUACUUUAGCAAUAAAGUUGUGAAAUGAACAAUUACAAUAAAUAAAUUGCAGCACGAACUCCACACAAUUGUCACCAUCGCGUAGAACGUGACAUUUGCAUUGUAAAUAGAGAAUAAGGGUGGAAUGCGAUAAGCAAACGAAAAUCUGUGUUAACAAAAACAAAAGAGUCUGCCAUGAGCCGUCUUCUGGAAAAGCCGAACAUUGCCAUGUCCAUUACAGCAACGGGUAGUCAAUUAUCAAGCACUGUCGCAUCCGCAUCCGCAACGGGGAACAGAGGCACAGAGGAUGUCGAGGAUGAGGAUGGCACAAGUAUGACAUCAUCAUCAGCAUCAGCAUUAACGACAACCACAAUUCCCGCCAAAGUCAAUCAGCAUUCAAGCAGCAUUAAGACUACAGAGAUGCGUAAACAUAUCGAUGAGGUGCUUAUAAGUCUGAUAGCUGGAGCAGCAGCGGGUGCUCUGGCCAAGACCACAAUUGCCCCGCUGGAUCGCACAAAGAUCAAUUUUCAGAUACGUAAAGAUGUCCCCUUCUCAUUUCGCGCCUCACUGCAGUACCUGGAACAGACCUACACCAAGGAGGGUGUCCUGGCUCUGUGGCGUGGCAAUUCGGCCACAAUGGCCAGAAUUGUACCCUAUGCGGCCAUACAGUUCACUGCCCACGAGCAAUGGCGUCGUAUACUUCAGGUGGAUACAAAUGGCACAGACACGAAAGUUCGGCGUUUUGUGGCUGGUUCACUGGCUGGCAUUACCUCACAGUCAUUGACGUAUCCUUUGGAUUUGGCCCGAGCUCGUAUGGCUGUCACGGAUCGAUAUACUGGCUACCGCACAUUACGUCAGGUUUUCGCCAAAAUCUGGGUGGAGGAGGGACCACGGACUCUGUAUCGUGGUUAUUGGGCCACCGUAUUGGGUGUCAUACCCUAUGCGGGCACCUCUUUCUUUACAUAUGAAACACUCAAAAGGGAAUACCAUGAAAUGGUUGGCAAUAAUAAACCAAAUACUCUAGUCUCGUUGGCAUUUGGUGCUGCAGCCGGGGCAGCCGGACAGACGGCCAGCUAUCCGUUGGACAUUGUGCGUCGACGCAUGCAAACGAUGCGUGUGAAUACGGCUGCCAAUGAGCGUUGUCCCACCAUUCUGGAGACGCUCACCAAGAUCUAUCGCGAGGAGGGCAUCAAGAAUGGCUUCUAUAAGGGCUUGAGCAUGAAUUGGAUCAAAGGACCGAUUGCUGUGGGAAUUAGUUUCUCGGCAUAUGAUCUGAUCAAGGCUUGGCUUAGGGAACUAUCUCAUUUGAAACGUGGACGGGUUCAGGAAUAGCAUUUUACUAUAAACAUUUGCCAACACAAAAAACACCAAAAGAAAACGCAGCAUCAACCAUCAUGCUAUAUAAUUGUUAGAUAUUUUUUAGUUGUUAAUUGUGAAGUGAUUUGGAGGAGUUGAAAAUAGACAUAAACGCUUAACUUUGUUAUUACAUAAUCUGCUUUAAGCUGAAAGUAUACACAGAGCAAACGAAAAAAACAAAAAAAAAAAACAAAAUAAAACAAUCAAAUUAA